CCAAAAAAUAAUUAGGAGACAAGUUCUGUCUCCGACGACCAAACACUCUCUCUCCUUCUGUCUGCCAUUCUUGCCGUCUUGUGUUUCCAUUGCUCUCUCUCUCUCUUUCCGCUCUCCGACCUCCAGCAUGAAGUUCUAGAAAUUGGGUACUCGCGGGUGGAUCAAUUUGAUGGCUUUCCGGGUCGCCGUUCGAUAAUUUACCAGUUGGGUCGAGAAUUGACGGGUUCAAUGUGCGUUGCUUGCGGGGGUCAAGUUUUGAUCUUGGGUUCUUCUUCCCCGGGUACGGCGGUUGGCGAAUUGCUUUAUCUUGUUCGUGCCCACCAGGUGCUUGCUCAUUGUUCUGAGUGACCAGUCGAGGAGGAAUUCAUUGCUUGCGAGAAUGGCGAACAGCAAAUACGAGUACGUGAAGUCGUUCGAAGUGGAGGAUGAGGUGAUGCCACCGAAUUUGAUCAUUGUGCGAAUUGAGGCAUUCAAUUUCGAUGGGUUUUCUGACAUCCAUGAUUUUGAAAAACCUAACGAUGAGAAAGCACUGGCCCUGAUGAGCUCAUGUGCUGCUGCUGUCUUGGAGGAGUAUCCUGAUAUAGUUUUUUCUUAUGGAUUUAAUGAUGAGUACAGUUUUGUUUUCAAGAGGAAGACAAAGUUCUAUCAAAGACGAGCCAGCAAAAUAAUGUCGCUGAUUGUGUCUUUUUUCUCUUCUGUUUAUGCCACAAAAUGGAAAGAGUUCUUUCCUCAUAAGGAAAUGAAGUGUCCACUUUCCUUUCUUGCACGUGUUCUUUGUUGUGCCUCAUUAGAGGUUCUUCAAGCAUAUCUUGCAUGGAGACAAAAUGAAUGUCAUAUCCGUAACCUUCACAAUACUUGUCUCUGGAUGCUGAUUAAAAGUGGAAAAUCUGCCAAGGAAGCAGUGGAAGUUUUACAGGGUACCCAAAAACAAGAGAAAAAUGAGCUUCUUUUUCAGCAAUUUGGGAUCAACUACAGAAUGCUUCCUGAAAUGUUUCGUCAAGGGUCAUGUAUCUUUAUGACGCAGGCAGAAGACGUAGUCAAGUACAAUGAGCAUGGAGUUCCCGUCAAAAGAAUGCGGCGAAAACCUAUGAUGAUCCAUGAUGAACAUAUAGCUGGGCGAAACUUUUGGAAUGGACAGCAAUAUCUCUUGAUGGAACUAGGUGCCUUUGAGAAUGAUAUAAAGAAGAUAAAAGCAGAUUAUGUCAGAUCCUUUUUGUUUGAAAACAAGUUGAUGCCAUCUACUUGGAUUGUGAUCAGAAUUGACGGUUGCCACUUCCACAGAUUUUCGGAAGUUCAUGAGUUUGAGAAGCCAAAUGAUCAGCAAGCUUUGAACCUUAUGAAUUCAUGUGCUGUGGCAGUUCUGGAAGAGUUUAAAGAUAUUGUCUUCUCUUAUGGGGUCAGCGAUGAGUAUAGCUUUGUUUUGAAUAAGGAUUCUAAAUUUUACCAGCGACAGGCCAGCCAAAUAGUUUCUGUCAUUGUGUCAUUUUUCUCUUCAGCGUAUGUGAUGAAAUGGAAAGACUUUUUCCCAUGUAAAGAGUUGAAGUAUUCUCCUUCUUUUGAUGGACGCGCUGUGUGCUAUCCUUCCACUGAAAUACUUCGAGAUUAUCUGGCAUGGAGACAAGUUGAUUGCCACAUCAACAAUCAGUACAACACAUGUUUCUGGAUGCUUGUCAAGUCAGGAAAGAGUAAAAGUGAAGCUCAGAGUUAUUUAAAGGGCACACAAGCAAGAGAGAAGAAUGAACUUCUAAUCAGACAGUUUAACAUUAACUACGACACACUACCUGAAAUGUUCCGCCGGGGUUCCUCUGUAUUUCGCAUGAAGGGAGAAGACUCUAUGAUGCCCGAGAAUGGCAGGCUUGAAGAAGUCAAACAGAAAGUAAUCAUAGACCAUUCCAAUAUCAUUGAAGAUAGCUUUUGGAAAGAGCAUCCAAGCAUAUUGUCUUAAUGUUCUUUCAUAUCAGAGCCCAGUGGAAUUUGAGAAGCUCCUUUUUUUCCCUUUGACAAAUUUCAUUGAAGCUUUACCGGCGUUUUCUUUCGUUUUUUUGGGGGCGUCUAGUGUAACUUUUCCACUAUCCACUGGCAAUUGGCAUUUGUUGCAUUUAGGUAUAUUAGGUACACCUUCCCUAUCCACUGGCAAUCAGUAUUUGUUGCAUUUAGAUAUAUAUUAGGUACAAAGAGGUUGACAAUGAGUAUUCUUUCAUUUAAAAUCAACAGUUGUGAUUUCUGAGUGAGUAUAUUUAAAAGAAAGUUCUGCCAUGUUC